AUGAUUGCCAACGCCAAACCAUCCCCUCUACUCACUCUGCCGACUAUUCGUCUCGACCACCUUCGAUCCGGGGAUACCUCUGAGAGCAAGAAGUUGAUUGAUGCCUGCCGUAACUGGGGCUUCUUCUACCUCGAUUUGACCAGCGAUGACGUUCUAUGCCGGCAGUGGGAGGAGAUGCUGGUCGCAAUGAAGGACUACUUCGAACAGCCGCUCGACGUCAAGAUGCAAGAUGCUCGUCAAAGCGACAACUACGGGUACGAGCCUCAAGGAACCGAAGUAGGCCCCCGGCCGGACACAGUCGACGGAUACGAAUCUCUCAAGAUAUCGCGCCGAGAGUUUCUCAAGGGCUCCACCGAUCUCACGACAGCCUCGGCGCUGGCCAAGACGGACUUGUUCUUCGACUUCUCGAGCAACGCCCACACCGUUACCAUUAUGAUGCUAGAGAGGCUCUCUGACGAGAUGGGUCUCAAGGGUGGCGACCGUUUCGAGGCUUUUCACAAUGACAAAGUCCCUUCGCUUACCAAUCUGACACUGCUGCGAUACCCCAAGCACGACGAGCUGAAGGGUAGCAGUGUGGGUCACAACAAGCACACCGACAUUGGCUCUCUCACCUUCCUGCUUGCCGGACAGUGGGGACUCCAGGCUCUCUCGCCAGAUCAGGAGACUUGGGCGUUUGUAGAGCCUCGCCCCAAGCACGCCGUCAUCAAUGUUGGCGACAGCUUGCGUUUCCCUUCAAAGGGGCAGCUCCUUUCGGCAGUGCACCGCGUGAUUCCGAUCCACGAGAAGCAGCACGAAGAUCGUUAUAGCAUCGCUUACUUCCUGCGCAUUGCUAACGAUACUCCCUUCCGCGACGCCGCUGGGAAGCUUUGGUCCGCGAAGGAGUGGCACGACUUCAAGUUCGAUGCUUUCCGCGCCCCCGCCUCGCUGGAUCCGGACAUGCAGGUCUUGACGGGCAUGAUGGAGAGGGAUGAUGUGCAUGUUGGUUAUGUAGACAAGGCAGGAGCGGCGAACGCGGCAAUCGCUACUUAG